AUGAAUUUUUUAUUUUUUUUAUUUAUGUUUGUAUUUAGUUUAAUUUCUAUAAUCUAUAUUCGUAAUCAUAUUCUUUUAUGUUUAUUAAGAUUGGAAUUUUUAGUUUUAUCACUGCUUUGUAUAAUUAUAUUGAUUUGUUUAAUAUCUAAUUAUACAUUUUAUCUUUAUAUUUAUUUUAUAACUUUUUAUGUUUGUGAGGGUGUUUUAGGCUUAAGAAUUUUAGUUUCUUUAAUUCGAAGUCAUGGAAAUGAUUAUUUAAAUUCUAUUAUAUUAUGAUAA